CUCAUGGAGUGACAGCUAUUUAAACCGUCUCACAGAGUAAUCUCUCUGUUUUCUCUCCUCUUCUUCUCUUCACUCUGUCCUCUUUCAUUCACCACUUAUCAUCUAAAUCUACUCUUUAUUUUCUUUCUGUUCUGUUGUAAUCCGUCCAUCAUGGCCCCCAAGAAACCAGAACAAAAGAAAGAAGCACCGAAGGUUUCACCAGAACCAGAAAUUGUUAAGGAACCGAACUUUGAUCCACACAGCAUCAAGAUUGACUUCAGUGCUGAUCAGAUUGAAGAGUUUAAAGAGGCCUUCCAGCUGUUUGACAGAACUCCAGAAAACCAGAUGAAGAUCUCAUUCUCUCAGUGUGGAGACGUGAUGAGAGCUCUUGGACAAAAUCCAACCAACUCUGAAGUCUUCAGAGUUCUGGGACACCCCAAAUCUGAGG